AUGGCCAAGAGGCUGGGCAAACUCAAGGCAUUCCCCAAGGACGCCAUCGCCAACAGAGUGAGGAUGCAGUUCAUAUCGAUGGACUUUUCCAUGUCCAGCUGCUACGAGAGAGCCCCCGUGUCGCUCGAGAUGGCGCUCGAGUCCGAGUUCAAGAAGAGCGUCAACCACAUCACUGCGGGCAUCUUCAUAGACCCCGACGCCAUUGACUCGGACUGUAGACGGGCUACUGGAAUCUUUGCCACGAGAACAGGUGUGUCCAUCGAGAAGUUGGCCGGGACGUUCGCCGCCAGGUCCGCGAGGUUGCAUGAUAAGCGACAACAACAAGAACGCCGGCGGGAGGACCGCCAAGACGCUCAACAAGAGAUCCAGUGCUCCAACGGCCUCAGAUGGAGGAUCGAGUGUGUUCGGCAUCACUCUGGACGCGACCAGGGACGAGUCCUCGACCCUUUAGAAGUUGACCGAGCAGAAGGUCGAUACCACCGCCGACAGAAGCUCGAGGCCUUGAGGAAGAAGACCGAGGAUGCGAAGUUAAAGGCUGCCACCGAGGCGACGGAGAGGAUGACCUUGUUUGACUCGACCCAAGCGUCGUCCUGGGAGCUCACGGGGAGCCACACCCUCGGGGCCAUGAAGUCGGACAACGGUUCGAUAAUCAUCUCGGGCAGGAACAAAGGCGCCGAGCAGGACGAGCCGGAGUGGACUGAGGAACAGAAGAAUGCCAUCGCGAUCGCUAAGACCAACGAGUUAACCGUCAGACCCUUAAACAACACCAGAGUCAGCAUGAUAGACAACAACAUGGAGUUCGGCGGUAGGGAUGAGAGUGGCGCUAUUGUGCCUGCCGAGAAGGCCUACACGUCGUCCUUGGACCCAAGCCAGUACAUCAUCGGCAUCGGACCGGAGACGUUCGACGUUACUGGGUCGGCUAGGUUCUACGCGGACAUCGACAUAGUCCAGAGUAAUGGCUUCUAG